AUGACUUUUUCAGAAAAAAAUAGUUAUUUAAUAAAUGGUUCAAAUAUAAAUAAUAUAGAUUCUUUUUAUAAAGAAAUUAAUAGAUUAUUUAUGGGAAAUGAAGACUUUCAAAUCUCAAAUUUAGAUGGAUUGGAAGAUUUAUUUUCUGGUGGUGUUGGUGAUAUCGAUAUUGAUCAACCAAUUCAAAUAGUAUGGAAAGAUUUUGAAAAAAAUAGAAUAGAUUUGGGUAAAGAAGUUACUAUUGAAUGGUAUGAAGAUAGUUUAAAAACAAAAGAAUUUAAUCAUGAUUAUUUCAAACAAAAAAUCAAAGAUUUACAACAAGAUCAAGGUCAAACCUAUUUUGAUAUUAUUUUAGAAAUUAUGGAAGAAAAUGAAAAUAUUAAAUUAAUAAAAGAAUAA